AUUCAACGAUUGGAACCAAGCAAAAAAGAUUUGAUGUGAUAACAUGCGAAGUGUUUUUUAUCUAAUGGACAGAAAUCUAUGAAGCAUCAUCUCUUCUUCUAACGACAUCUCGCCAUUGGUUGUAGAAGACAACAAUCAUGAUCAGUGUUGAGCACUCAACUUAUAGUGUUUUAUUAUUUCAAGUGAAAAAAAGUUCAGUGAUUACUCAGGUAGGUUAUAAUGCGACACUCUAGGCGGUGUUGAAUAACAUCCCUAUCUCUCGCCUUUAUGCCGUACAGUGAGUGAAUUAGUGCAUACAUUAACGAACAAACCAAGGAGAUUUCUCAAAGCCUUAAACCGGAUUACGAUAUCGGAUUGACUUCCGUCCGAAGCAUUUAGGUUUCGCACUCUCCUGUUUCGGAACUGUCUGAUGAAGAGUGCUCUUCAUAUCCUCAACGCAUCAGUGUAUCAGCAAAAAAACCGCGCGCGCGUGGUUGUCGAACAAUUUGAUGUCAAUUAUUGACAACGCUGUCUGUCCCAUAUAAGUGACCACAACAGGCACUUGCCAAUAUUUGUUUUGAUUUUUUUUGGCCACUAUCGUACAUCUGAAAGAAGCAAGAACUGAAUAAUCGAGUUUUACGAGCGAACUGUGUAGCACAGUAAACGGUCAACAGCACUGACUUUGUUAAACGAGGACUUUGUGCUUCUGGAAUUGGAACACCCCACAUAAAGCGAAGCCAUGGCUUCACAAGUUGCGUCGGCGAACGUCGACAUCACCACCAUCAAGGAUGAGGAUCUCCUGCGCAAAAUGUGGCACGACGCACAGGAUUUUGGCCGCAAACGGGAGAUCCGAGCCCAUAUGUACAAACUGCGCGAGGAGCGCCUGAAAGCCCUGUACGCCCCUAGUGACGCCGCACCGAUAGCCCCAUCCUCUCCGUACAUCAUGGAGCAACACAACACGAGCAGUGCCAAGUUCGGACUGUCGAAGACAUCCGUAACCGGAAGCCACGGCGACUCGCUUGCCGACCAGAGCUUCGAAAGCUUUAAAACCAAGGAAAUUCGAGACUCGGAAAGUCCCACUCGAUUUGGUACCGUAAUUCCUUCAGAUAAUAGCGGCUGGCACGUUACGUCAUCUGAAGAGCACAGCGCUGACGGUAAGACACACACCCUACGAAGUUCAGCCACAACCGAAGGGACGAAGGACAUCCAGGGUGGACGCACUUCGUUCGCCGGUAAGAACGAAGAAGUUAGUAGCGAGCGGUUCGAAGGAGACGAUAAGAAUUUCGUACGCAGCUCCGGUGAUCAAUCGGCAACGUUCUUGGCCGAAAAUACUGUGAUCGAAGGCGAAGAUGGCAGCACCGUUUCCAAGAAAUCCACAUCAAUGUCUUCGUCUUCCUCUAAGGUUGUCCGUUCUCAGCAGACCUUCGGUGACAUAAUCGAGUCAGACAAAAUCGAGCUACCUCCCGCCAAUACCAACAUUCCGGAGUUUAUGUGCGGACUUACGACCAGUACCAGGCAGGAGUCAACAAAAACUACUACCCAAACCCAAGAAACAGAUGGAAAUGUCACCAGCAAACACUUAUCCAGCGAUCCGGACCGAGUCAGUGAAGCUUUUCGAUUGGCUGAACUCCCUGGAAAGGUCAUCGAGCGAGACGUGCGAAUGAUCAACCCCUCUACCCGAAUGAUCACCAUCACUAAGAAGCUGGAAGAUGGAACCACUGUGACAACUCGGAACUAUGAAAAAAUCGGCGUAGAACCGGAGAAACCCUUCGAUCAGCAGGCACACGCGGAAACUCAAAAGCGGCUCAACGCAGCCGUCGAUGCUCUCAAUAAUAAGGGUCGGGACGAAACCGAGCACCGAUCAGUGAAAAAAGACCUCACCGAGAAAGUUACCAACCUACAAUUCAUUGCCGAAGAACGAUCAGAAACCGAGCGAAAUGAGCAAAUCAAGAAACAACAAAAGGAAACCAUAACCCAACAGAAAGUCACCGUUGACGUUGAUCCGGCGCAUGAUUCUUUCGCACGUUCCCUGCGGUGUGUUUCGCCAACUGAAAGCACUCGCUCGGUUCGGUCUAACUCCACCACUGGAAGAUCAAGCGUCAGUCCGGACAAAUUCGCUCGCGGAAGACGCUCUCCUUCGCGGGAAUCCGAUACUAGUCGUCUCAGCACUCACACAACCACCCGGUCCAGUAGAACGGAUGUCUCCACCAAGGACUAUAUGAAACCGACCAUCACUUCCGAGCGGAAACAGUCAACUUUUAAGGAAACAACCACCGAGGAGUCAACUACCACGGCGGAAGCUUACGAUACGGUGGACAAAACCAAGUUAAGAGAGCGUUCGCUUAGCCCAAAGAAAGUUCCACAAAAUUCACCGGACAUGACACCCCGUGGCCAAUCACCUGACAAGCUCGCAAGAAACGUUUUACCAAGCAAGAGUCCAAAAGAUUCCACUCCAUUUUGCUCGGUUGAUACCUCUCGCGCAACUUCUCCUAUCAAGCGUGAUUCUUCUCCAACUAAAAUAACCUCCGCGAAAUUGGUUCGUGAAAACUCUUCCGAGUCGUUCAACGUAGAUACAACGAUCACAAUUUCCACUCAGGAAAAUAAGCAAACACAGCAUCAAAUGCGAGAGGAUGUUGAAAUGAUCGACACUUCGAAGUUAGUCACCGAAAAUGACGAUAUCACGGUCAAUGUUAAGCUGGAAAACGUCACUGAUGAUAUCGAAGUGACGACCACAGUGGAGGAAGUGGAUGUAGAGGACAAAUCGAAAGUUACGGGAAACACAGAAACUACCAAAACGACUAAAACUCCCAAACAAAAACCUCCACUAGUUCGUAGUGAAACCUUCGAAGAGCGCUGCCGAAAAAUCCUGGGUAUGUCCGGAAAGGUCGACAGCAUUGAUGAAACUACCGAAGCAAACACGUCCAGUGUGUUCAGUACUUACGACAAUACAGUAACCCGCAGUUCGGAAGUUCGUGAAAAGCGCAAAAAGCUGGAACAAGAAAUAAAAUCAAUUGAAAGUGAAACUUUGCGUACUGCUCGGAAAACGAACGAAUUCAUCGCAGGCGAACGUCGUCCAUCGGCACCGGCAACUUCUCCCGAUCGCAAGGCCUCCACUACAAUGCCUAACAAGUCAACUUCUCCCAUUCGUAAGCAUUCACAACCAUCACCAGAGCGUCGUCCCCAGCAGUCCCCAUCAAAGGAAACUUCACCGGUCAGGAAGCACUCCCAGCCAUCUCCGGAACGACGUCCUAAGGAAGAAGCUCUUGUUAUGAAGCCUACUGUACCAAAAGAGAGCACUCCUGUGAGAAAACCUUCUCAACCUUCGCCUGAUCGUCAUCCAAAAGAUGAAACUCCCUUCAAGAAACCUACUGGACCUAAAGAAAGUUCGCCAGUUCGAAAACAUUCUCAACCAUCGCCUGAUCGUCGACCGAAAGACGAUCAGCGUCUCUCGCGUAAACCAAUCGAAACUGAGAAAGCUUCCCCCGUUAGAAAACCAUCGCAACCAUCUCCAGUUCGCAAGCCGUCGGCUACGGUUAAUGAACCAUCUCCGCAACGUUGCUCUAGGUCACAUGAACGCUCACCGAGCCCCAAGCACGAUAUAUCUCCAGAUCGCAAGGCUUCGCCAGCACGCACAGUGACUCAAACCGAUUACACUGCAAUCACCAAAACCACUACUUCCAAGGCCGACAUUCUAAUCAACCAGAAGAAGGAAGGAAAGAACAUGUCGGUAACUGAAAUCACCAUUCAGCCGGUGAUCGACGCCAAGAAAUCCGAUAAAGUUCUUACCAAGCAGACCUCGGACACCAAGUUCGAUCGUCGAUCAACCAGCAGCCGUGUUGUGACCAACAAGAGCUCUUCCGACUUUGAUGUGAAACGCAAAGCCUACAUGGCGGACAAAACUGAGUCGGAAAGAUCUGCUCGUACCACUGUUGGAAAAGUUCGAACUCCAGCCACCAGUCCGGAGAAACGUCGUCCGCAGGACACGAGCCCAACCAAGUCCGAUAAGACCAAGCAUCACAUAACGGUGGCAAAGAUCAAAAUCGAACCAGUUCGAAAGCCGGUCCUAGCCAAGGUCGUCGUUGAGGAUCGUUCCUCUAAGUUUGGCAGAACUACAAAAACUACGAAGAAGGUUGUAGAUGAAUACACAGAACCGGAGUCAGACAAGGAUACGGGAAUUUCCGAUAACGAGGUCGACGAUGAGGUAUCCACUGUGGAGACCACCACGACCACAGUAACCACUAUCAAGAGGACUGAUCGUAAGGAUUCGGCACCAGUGAGCCGAAUCACCGGAAAGGUAGAAAAGUCAUACGCUCGUUCGACAAGCGAUAAUGUUCUGAAAUCGAACAUUACUACAAAGAAGACAGCUGCAACCAAGGCUGGAACGACUACUACAACUACCACUUCAUCAAUGACAAAGAAAAUCGACCGCCCGGUGAAGUGUGUAACCACCAAGACUAUCAACCUUUCAGCAAAACCGACCAUCGAUUCGGACAAUCUGGACAACGUGGUCAUUGACAUUCAACAGGCAAAGUCAUCGCGGGAGCCUACCCCGAACAAGCUGAUUCCUAUUCCGGUUUCGCCAGAUGAAGAUACGGGUAAGCCUCGCUAUCCAGAUGCCGUCCAGGAACCGGACGAUGAACACAAACACGUCCCGAAGGUAAGCAAUGUGCCGAUUUUCGAAGAAGCUACAAACGAAUACAUCGGUUGUGAGAUCACGGAAGUGGAAGACCACGAAGUUCGGGCUGCCCGGGCCAGCAGAAUAACGAAUCUUGAUCGCGUCACUGAGGAUGAUGAGUCGUUGAUGAGCGUCACGCAGAAGGUGUCCAAAUUUGUCGAAGAAGCCAAUAAGCUGAAGGAUGUAUCGAGUAAAACGCCAAACCGGUUUGUGCGAUGCGAAUAUGACGAAAUGGAUGAGCAUCUCAAGUCGGAUGAGUGUCUCCUGAGCGUUUCGGAUAAGGUAACGAAGUUUAUAUCGACGGCCGAGGAAGUCAAGAAGAUCAGGACUUCGGGACCAUUUAUGCCGGAGGUUAAGCUGACGGUGGAUGUGGCCGAGUCGGAUGAAUGCUUGAAGAGCGUCAAUGAGAAGGUUUCCAAAUUCGGCAACGUUGAUACCCAGAGGACGAUGGAUAGAAAGACUACAACAGUGCAGACAACUUUGGAUGACAUGGAUCGUAGUUUUGUGGAGGAGGAUGAUGAAUCGUUGCUGAGUGUUUCGGAAAAGAAGAAGAAGUUCAUCUCGGGAACAACUGUGCCCCAGAAGUCUCCGGAGUUGGUGAAGAAUGUAAUGAAGCAAACUAGCAAACAUGAGAAGAAUUUUGAUGAUGAAGUCAGUGGCACUGAAUCGGAAACGAAGACUAACAUAACAGAACGCUACACAACAGCCACACUUACCAAACCAAAAGAUAAGGUUCCGCAGAGUGCGGCUUUGCGCAGCACGGAAGCGGUGAAGAAAGCUAAGCAGCUAUUUGAGAAUGGAAACAAACCUGCCGCUGCUGAAUUGGCAAGGCAGAAGGAUAUUUUAAGCCGUCCAUCGAUUUGGGAAGAUCGUCGCAGAAAGGAACAAACUGUUUCUGUCACAACGAAUCAAAAGGAUGUGAAGCUGACGGACAUUGGUGUCUAUAAGAAGUCUCAGGAGAAGGCUGAACCAGAACCAAUGAAGGAGGAACCUACGGAACCUAAGCCAGAAACACUUAAGUCACGCCGAGACAGCGCUCCGAAAACUCCAGCGUACAUCAAGGAUACUGUUUCUACCAAGAAGGAUAUGUUUGAGAAAAGAAUUUCCUCCUCCAAACUGGACACCAGUGAGCUUGUAAAAUCGACCACUUCCCAGGAGGACCGUACCGAGUACACGUCAACGAGUAAGAGACCUUCCAUCACUGAAAAGUAUGAGCGUUCCAUUGCUCGUGAUACACCAACUCCUGGAAAUAAGCCAUCUUACAUGAACCACACGGUUAGUUCCUUGGAGCACAUCAACAGUGGUCGUCGGGAAUCCAUAGAUAUGACCCAGCGAUCAGUGAAAGUUGAAGAACCUGUCCAACAACAGGAUUCAAUGAAAACAUCCGGCAGAUAUAGUGCUGAUUUGAAGCGCGCUGAUUCCGGAAAGAAUGUUGUAGCAGCACCAACAAAACGCAAGUCAUCGAUUGAUUGCUCGGCUAUUGAGGACAUUUUUGAGCUAGAAGUUUUGGAGAAAAUGCUAGAAUCGGUCACUGGAUACGAGCAACGUCGGCGCAUUCGAGCACAGAUACGACUCGCGAAGAAAUCGGGAGAGAAGCCGGCUUCUGCGGUAGCCACAACAACAACUACGACUAGUACUACCAUAAGAACAAACAGUCGUGUGCGGGAGCCUAGCCCGAAACGUAAGGAUUCUAGUCCAACUCGAACGAUGGCGAUGCGGAAGGCUUCCCAAGAUGAGUCCAGGGUAACGACGAAGACAUUUGAGGUGGAAAAGAAAGUCGAACAGGUACCACGCAGUGCAAGUCCAACAAAACCCAAACCGAUGACCAACGGAAAGGCGACUACAGCAACUACGACUGUUACGACUACGUCAAAGACCUCCAGAUUUGGUGAACGAGUUGCGCCACCCACAAAGGAGGUGAAAGACGAUAAACCAAUUUGGGCAACGAGCAACAUUCUGAAGAAGGCAUCCGAAACCACGCGUAGCUUCAAAACGACUUCAACUGCAACUACUGCAAAGAAAACUACUUCAACGAUGCGUGAAGUUCCAAAGGAAACUAAACCUACGGACUGCAUUACUUCCAGCUACGGAGUGGGUCCGACGGACGAAAAUGGACUACCGCUGUUCGGCAUCCGGGCAUUGAAGAAGAAGGCGGCACCCGCUGCAGAGCUGGAAACCGCCACUAAGGUCACCGGAUCGAUCUUCACAGAAACGCUCUAUUCGGAGAAUGGAUCCGCUCCAGUUGGUGAACGCAAGACUACAGUUUACUCAUCUGACGCCAAGGAUUUGGAAGACAUGAACCUGUCGAGCAGUAAGCGCAGUUUGGCCGAGGUUCGAGAGAAACUGCUGGAACGAGAAAACUCUCGGAAAGGAUUGAUCUCGGUGACCAAGACGGAGAAAAUCGGGAACGGAACGAGUCAUGUGACUACGGAAGUGGGUGCUUUGGAAGAUCUACACCAGCGAGAGCCUAAGAUUGUGAGAAAAGGGUCUGUGAAGGAGCUAACGGAGCGCUUUGUGCAUAAGGAAUCCUCGUCAUCACUGAUGUCGGAGAAAACCUACCCAAAAGCGGGACUGAUUCUGCGAUCAACUCAGAGUCACUCGAGCCGAUCGUCUACUCCGUGUGAAAACGUGUCGAUCAGAUCCGGAUCGGUCGACUUCGACGAAAACGACAUCGAACUACGAACGAGUACGGCCAAGUCCUCCUUCCGGACAUCGAUGGCUGCAACGCAGGCGGAGGAAUGUGAAGACGGAGGAGUUGUGUUCCGGAAAAGCCAGAGCAGCAGUAGCCGGCACCAGACGCGUUCGUUCCUGAACGACGGAAGUCGGGUGUCUGGGGUGCAGGACGUGCUGGAGCGGAUGCGAAAUGCUGAUAAUGUGGAAGAAUCCGGUGACAGUGUGGAGGAUCGAGAAGCGCGAGCUCUGCUCAACAAGUUUCUCGGUGCGUCGGUGUUGAUGAGCGGUAUGGAGUCCAUGAUGGCGAACAGUGCGAAGGAGGAACAGUCGACGACCGAAAGCGGCACUACACCCGGCACCAAAAAGGUCUCGAAAGUAACCACAACCCGCACUGUUAAGUCAACUGCCUCUUCAUCCAGCAACGCUCCAAAACCGAGUGUCGAGAAUCUAGAGCAGAUCUGGGACGAAACCGUAUUAAAACAAUUGGUUGAUUCAUCCACAAGCUACGAGGACCGCCGCAAAAUCAGAGCCCGUCUACGACAGAUUAUGGCCGAAAAGAAAGCCUGUGCCGACAUCGUGGCCAGCGUAACGGCCGACCUACAACGCGAGCGGCAACAACUCCAGCAGCAAAAGAGCAACGACUCCAGCGCAAGCGGCAUCCACGGUGAGUCGCUCUUGUUGCCCCUACUGCAGGGCAUUCUGUUGCACAACAAAAGCGGUGCUGGGAGCCAGAUCGGCACUGCCGGCGGCGGCUCCGCGGCCGUCACGCUGCCGAUUCCUCCGGUCGAAGACUCCGGCACAGAGUCCGGCGAAGACCUCCCCCUGGCAGCCGGUUUGCAUGACAACAUCGAAAUGUAUCGCGGUAUUGGUGUCGGAAACGCCGCUAAGAACGGCGACGGUGAUGGUAGUAGUGUUAGUAACGGUAGAUUGCCGGUUGACUCCGGGGAUAGUAUCUUGCAUGAGGUUACGGCUGCACUUCAACGUUUACAACCGUCACUAAGGGAUGGGAAAAAUAUCAACUUGGAAUCGAACAAACGCAAUGCUCUCCUUACUCUUGUCAGUCGGCUUCAAACCGGUCUCAUGCAACCCGACAAACUCCCUGAUCAGGUUUCUCCCGUGAACGAACUUGCUGACGACAAUGCUGACGACAAGGUAGACUACAAUCAGGCUCGACGAGGCAGUGCACGAUUUGCGAAAAGACGAAACCGCAAUAAUCGUCAUACGGUUGGAGUGAGUCGUGAAGAACUUGCAGAUGCUCGUCGGUUCAUCGAAGAAAUAGGUCGCAUGGAUAGUUUGUCCGCUCACUCACACUCGGCGACCCCGGAAAAGUCUAAAACUCCUGAAAAACCCCUUGUUCCAUAUGCUUUACAUAAACAGCCUUCACUGGGUACAGUUCUUCCGUCUGAUCCACCUGUGCCGGCAGCAUCAACCUUCGCCAUGAUGCGCCCCAGUCAGUUCGUUCCCAAGGAAUUGAACCAGAAAUCUGACGCAAUGCUGGUUAAUGGCCGCGAUCGUAAGGCAAGACAACUCUUCCGUCAGUCGCAAAGCUUUGAUCAAUCCGCGAUCAAUGGUUACGAACCGGCGGCUGUUCAACACAAACCCAUUGAUGUUAAACCUGCACCCAAGAAUGAGCCCUAGAAACCCGUUCAGACAGCUGCUCAGCGUGCAUGUAAAAAAUACUCCUUUAACGAUGGAUCUACUUCGGAAGAUGACGAACCUCGUAAAACCGCUGAGCAAGUUGUUUUACAGAAAAACACAGCAAAGGGAACAACCGUCGUUAAUACGGUUCAAAAAAUCGUGAAUCGAGAAGUAAAGCAAGAUAACCCUGUAAAAUCCGUCCAUCCAUCUGUUGCUCGUAAGACUGCUAUCCAAAGAAGUCACACUCCAGAGUCCCACGAAAUUCCUUUAUCCCCUGGCGAUAGACCGAUGAAUAAAUAUACGAGCAAAAAGCUCCGUAUGAAGCGAGCCAACACGAUCGACAUCCCGAAGAAACCUCUCUCUAAUGGUGCUGAUUCUGACGAUGAAUCUGAAGAAGAGCAUCAUACCAAAACGAAGGAAUUCCCUUCCAAUAUCAAAACGAAAACUUCCGGAUCCAUGGGUUCGAAGCCGGCUCCUGUUGAAGUGCCGGACUUUAAACCCAAAACUGAUAACGAUCUCAAAUUCAUGGCCUUCCUGCAGAAACAAAACCAAGCUACCAAGCAAAUGUGGACCAAUCCGGUUAAAGAGCACGUGGAACAACAACUGACCAGCAAAUUCGAUCACCUGAAGAACAAUUUCGAAUCCGCCGGUAGACAGGGCAAGCAAUCUGCGCCACUGCGUAACGCUCCCAAGAAUUCAGCAAUGAAUUUCUGGAAGAAAGCUGAGAGCAACUCUUUCGACGAGUCACAUGGAUCCAAAUAUGCGAAACCUCCAAAGCCGGUCCACAUGAACCAUGUAGCACCCAAACCUCCCACCCAGCCCAGGCUUCCACCAAAGCCAACGAACAGCUCAGUUCAACAGCCUCCUAUUCUCCCAGUAAAGUCCAAAACAGCUCCGCAACCGCUAUCAAAGCCGGUUGUUGUGAGCAAACCUGAACCCAAACAUCUGCCUUCCUUGUCCAACCAGUUUACCCAUGCCCCAACUUCUGCAUUUAAGCCCAUCCCCAAAAAACUUCCCCCGGCCAAUCUGGAUUUCAAACCCAUCCAUCAGGAACCGGAGAUCAUCAAACCCAUUCCCGCUAACGUUUCCAGUGGACUCGUGAAACAGCUCGUAGCUACCGGUUUCAAGGAAACCGAAGAAGUAAAACCCGAACCCAAACAGGUGCAGCUCGGGCUGGUCAAAUCGCUCGCGGCGGCUGGCUAUCACGAAACUCCCUAUGUCCCUCUUCCAAAGAUCGAACGAACUCCGACACAUAACGUGCUCAACUACCUUCAAAACCCUGAUCGCGCGGAAUCUCACCCUCCGGCGCCAUGGAUUGGUAAGAAACCUACCGAGGCUAACGGUCGCGUUGCCAGUAUCGCUUCGACAAAGUUCACGGCAAACCAGUUCGGGAUGAAUAAGGGAUCUCUGCCGACGCAGAGCUCACUCACCUAUCAGGGUUCACUGAAGUACAAUGAGAAACCGCUUAGCUUCCAAGCGUCUGAUCGUGUGCUGGAGAAACGACCUUCACUACCGGAUGUGUACAAGGCUUCGCAACCAGCUGCGAUGGAUAAUUUCCAGUACACUUUCACCGAUUACACUCAACCUGAGUUGGUUUCAACGUUUACGCUGAACCGUAGCGAUUCGUUGACCAAUCCUGAAAACCAACCGCUAGUGUUGACCAAUACCAACUCAGUGUACAGCCCAGCGGGACAACAGAUGAGCUAUUUAGGAGUAAGUGAUCAUCGGAACUCGUCGUCAUUGUCGCCUUCGAAUAUAGUCGUUCCGAUUGACGAUGACGUGGAUGACCUGGAAUCUCUGGACUCACAGGAAAUGCGAGUAGUGGCUAAAGUUAUGCGAGCGCCAGUAAGCCAACAAGCUAGCUAUUCUAGCAAUAAGACUUCGCAUUUAAAUGGUGGGGGUGGAGGUGAUGAUCGCGGUUCGUUGAUUGCGCAGAACCUUCAGAGUUCGUUGAAAAAGAUCCAGCAAAAGAGCCCUACACCACCGAACAAGCUUGCAAUAGCGGCUGCAGCAGCGGCCCAAAAGCGGUUCUCGCAAGACUCCGGCAGCUCAUACGAAGGGUUUUCACCAUAUGGACAACGAUCAGCACCACAAUUCGCCGUCCCGAAGGUAGAGGUGACGCCUCAAACUCCCGCUAGUGCUACUGCACAAAUGCAACCUCCUAAGUACGGAGUGCCUGCGCAUGUAAUAUACAACAAUGUGCAGGGUGUCCCUCAGAGUCGUCCUGCUUAUCAACCAGCUCCACUGGCUCGAACAGACUCUUGGGUGCGAUUGAACCAGCAAGCGACAGCUCCUCAUGCGCUGACACGUGCCAAGUCCAGUCAUACCUUAGCUGUUCCUCCAAACUACGAAGGAGGAUUCGGUCAACCGAAUCGUAACGUCACAGACAAACAGCGUACCAUGGAAGCUUACUUUGCCGGUCAAAAACCAACGUUUAAUGCAUUGUCCAAGACUUCUUCGUCGCAUAACAUCCUGCGGGAUAAGUCUGGUAUGUCGCAGAAUAGUGUUCGUCCCGUGUCAUAUGCUCUUGGGCACAGCUACAAUCCGGCACAGUACAACAUAAUGACUUCGCAGCACACGGUUGGCGGUUACCAGCAGCAGCAAUCGCCAAUGUACACUCAACGGGCACAGCCAAUGAUUGUACAAGAACAGCCGUCACAGUACUAUCAACCUCCACUAGGUGGUGGUUUGGCCUGUAGUCGAACAAUGCCGCACAUACCGAUGAACAAUCUCAGUCUGCUGGACGAGAACAAUGUGGAGGAUGCAUUUGAGGAGCUCAUGAGUCAAUCGUUUGCAGUGUAACGUGCAUCAGGCUACGCUCGUAUUGAAGCAACGAGGUCCAACCUCGAAGUAGACUCUCGCCGACUCACGGAGGAGUCAAGCGGAGUUGAAAUCAACAUUCCAUAUAGGUUUUACUGUGGGAUUUAUGUGCUUAUUUGUCUUAGCGUAUUUGGACGACGAUCGAAAUCGAAGCAGGCUGUGUGUGAAGACUGCGUGAGCAACUCUUAGGAAACCGUAGGCUGUGUAGCGUUCCUACUUGAUAAUUGUUAAUCGGACAAGCGUUAGCGCGUGUGUUUGUACGAUGGAAUUGGUGAAAUUUCAAGGCAAGCAUCAACAAAUCGAAGACAUUGCCAACACCCACAAAAAAGUCACGCAUGCAGUUGUUUUGUUAAGCCGUUUACUGCAUUCUCAUCACUACCGCUGUUGUUUUUUAUUCAUUGGCAAACUCUGUGGAUCGCUUGAUUUGAUGUAAAUGUCAAACGCUUACUUGUGUAAUU